CGCCUUAUCUCCGGCCACCUCAAGCAACAUUCACGACUGUCACUUCGGCCUUCACCACCCCCAAAUCGACCGGCGCGGAGUUUCCGCCACCUUCGCCACUUCCUACAUCCUUCCCCCUGACCGCAUGAGACGGCGAUAAGAGAAGGAGAAGGGCGGCCGUCACAUUUCCGAUCUCGGAUUGCUCUUGGACUGCUACAUGGAGUCUAGGCAUUCUAGGCAACUCUGUGCGCUCCACUGACGCCUGACACCUCCACGAUGCAUAGCAUCUUCCGCCUCCCCUGGUGCAGUGAACCGGUGCCUCCCAAAAUGGCCGAGCCCGAUGCGCUGGAAAGAAUGCGCCCCGAGCCCGUAGUGGAGAUUCCUGUCUUGGCCAAGUUCAAGAGGAAGCGCGCGAGCGAGGGCAUGUCGCCCCGUGCACGGCCGAGCAAGAAGCAGCGACCAGUCAACUCUCGGCCCAGCGAGGACAAGAGCGAACCAGCAGCGCCUGCUUCACCUCUCAGCCUAGACUUCAACGCUUCCGUCUCCCCCGAUGCCGACAUGCUCGACGUGGAGCACCUCAGCCUCGACAAUAUGCUGUCCAGGGCACAAGAGGUCAUCGAGAACGAGUUCAACGUCCAAAUUCUUAUGAAGCACAACGAACUUCGUUUGAUUGAUCAAGAGCUGGCCAAGUGUCAUAUUGCCCUUGAACAGCUGAGGAGGGUGGAGCUACGCCCUUGCGCAGACAGUACGGCACUCCCGGAAGGCAUCUCGCCGACUUCGUUCGAUCCGCCUUAUCCGGCUGCUUAUGGCGUGACUGAUGGCCCCUACACCAGUCAUUACAACCAGUGGCUCCUGCAUGACCCUCUUUUCGAGUCCGGCCUUCCGCCACCCGUCUAUCUUGACGAUUCUGCUGGCCGAUCAACUCGCAACAGUGGCUCGGCUCGAAAGUCCAUGAGCACGUCGUUUGUCUUCCCUGCGCCUCAGAGUGAGACUCUGCAGAGUAUCCCCAACUACCCUGCGCCUACGAUCAAGGACAAAUCCAACCCUCUCGUGCUGAAGCGCUCUACGGACAAUCAAUUUGUCAAGCUCAUCUGCAACAACUGCCUGCGUGGCAACUUCUCCAGUAUCCAGGGCUUCCUCAACCACUGCCGAAUCGCACACAAAGUCGACUACAAAUCACACGACGCUGCUGCGAUUGACUGUGGUCGAAUACUCGACGAGAGUGAGGUCGCGACUUUGCCCUCGGACCCUCAACCCACACCGUCCCACAAGCCCAGCUUGAGUCGUCUCUCGACUUCAUACCCAGCUCCUCCGCGUGGAGGUCUUGUCCAUCCUUUCAAUGGUCCAGCAGCACCUCCUCCAUCCGCCUCGAGCAGACAGAAGGCUACAGCCACGCGUGCGCCGGUUCCUGAUCUGGCUAUUGGGAAUCAUGCGCCCACUCAACCACUCACCGCUUCUGCACAAGCUCCACGUCUCUCAGCGUACUUUGCCAAGCACGGUUUUGGUGGUGAUCUGGCUUCUGCGGUGGCUGGCGCGAGCGACAAACUCGACCUCGGUCUGGACGACGACUCUCCGGACGCUCCCGGCCAACAGUCCCCGUUGGAGUCUAUGGAUGAACGUGCUUCCAUGAUGACCAUGGCGCGUUCGGCAAGCAACAAGGGCAUCCGGCACACUCAACGUCAGCCGCGACCGGCUCCUCUGACGUCCAUGGGAUUCGACGGCAGUGAGGCUCUCGAGUCUCCUCAAUAUCCCCCCAGCAGCGCUGCGAACUACAGCCCGCAUACUGCUGACAGCAAUCCGGGCCUGGUUAGUGACCGUGAAGACGAUGACGACGACCACGCCUCGGUAUCGGAGGAUGACGAGGAUGCGGAGUACUCACAACGCGCGUUCCCCGUUGCAGGUGGUACAUGUUCGGACAACGUGAACGUGGAGAUUGACGUGGCCGGGGAUGAUGAGCAUGGUGUCGAUGGCGCCGGGCGUGUUAUCAUCCGCAGGGAGGAAGCGAAAAAUACCCCGCGCAAGCUAGGCAAAGCAAAGCGUUGAAGAAAGAGGGCAGCACAAAAGCAGAAAAUUGGCUACUUCG